AUGUCUACUCUCUUAUCGUCUUAUGGUGUAUAUUCCUAUUUGUUUCCGCCCCACGUGACCGCCGCCGCUGUAAUCUUUAAUUUUUAUUAUGUUACAGGCGUAUGGAAAGGCGGAUUGAGAAUAAGAUUUGAUAUCGGCGUCAACUUCGGCGGCACCUUCUUCUUCGACAUCCCGCGCACACUCACGAACGCCGUCUCAGAAGGAUGGGUGUCGCAAACCCAGGCCGACGGUCUGCCAGUCACUUCUGUCUCCAUGUACUGCUACUCUGACAACAUCGUGUGCUGCUUCUACGAUUCCAAUGGCGAUGUAGCUGGCGUGCAAGUUGCUCUGCCGAAAGACAAGUUCACUCCCUACUACAAAGACAUGGAUGCGGUGGGCUUCACGGACUGGACAGUGGAUGAUGUUGAAUACUACACUUUGCAGCAGUACUUCACCACUGAAGUUUUGUUCGUUUUUCACUUCACGUUUGAAAGCCUUGUACAUAAAACUAUAUCUAACUAUACACGGGAUUCAUUUGUGGAAAGGCCUUUACAUACAAUAGAACAUUGUGCCCUUUACUUUUCAGAAAUCCUUAGCAGCCGCGCUAUUACGCGUGCCAACGAGAACAAGAUCAUUGAGAAUGGCGGCGUGUGGCUUGUGGGAACUAAUAAAGAGGUCGUACAAGUCUCCAACACCACCAACGAGCUCGUCAGUGAGGGUGUCUUCACCAAACAGGCCUGCAUUCCGUGGAUGGGCCGCCACUACUACUACAAGAUGGACCCCAGCUUGAGCUGCGACGAGCCUAUUUUCCCGUGGUUCCCUAUCGUGGAAUCUGGUGAACUCGUUGCCACCGGCCUGAUGGUCUUCGGCGUGCUGAACCUGGACAGUGAUGCUAGGAACUGGUUUGAGCACCCUAGCGAGUCUGCUGUGAAGGCGAUCGUCACUUCUGGCCCAGACUGCCUUUACGCGCUAGCUGGGAGCCCUGGAGUUGUCACAAUGCACAUCUAUUACAUCGACCAGCCCUGGCUGAUAUCCUGUAUAUUCCAAUAGACUACGCCUGACUAGAGUUAAUACAAGGUGAAAUAAAAUAUC